UUGCCAACAACUACUAGUAGUAACACAUCAAGUCCCAGUCCAUCACCAUCAUCACCGUCAUCAUCUUUGUUACAUCACUGAUUAAUGCGAUUUACGAGACAUUCACAAAUUGAAGCCCAUUAUACGACAAGAAAAUCUGAUUAAGCCCGAGCACAUUCUGUGGCGAGUGUUCAGUUUACUGUCAACAAACCUGUCAUCAUCUGCUCCAAUUACUCACACUACUGAGUUGAUCUAUCUAACCAGUUGUCUGCCUAAAAAUGGCUCCUCCACUCGUGCCCCUCGCUGAGAUUCCGACCGUUUCCCUUCUAUACAAAUUCAAGCGUCUGGUUCCAGUCUCCUCUCCGCUCGCGCAGCCUUCCAAGGCUUUGAACGACACCAUCUCUCUGAUCCGCAACGACAUCACCAAAUUGGAUGGGGUCGACUGUAUCGUGAAUGCAGCAAACAAGUCUCUACUUGGAGGAGGUGGAGUAGAUGGUGUCAUUCACCGCGCCGCCGGACCUGGUCUGCUGGAGGAAUGCCGCACCCUCGAUGGCUGUGAUACCGGUGAUGCCAAGAUAACCUCUGCCUAUGACCUUCCGUGCAAACGAAUCAUUCAUACUGUUGGGCCUAUCUAUGAUCUUGAAUUGCAAAGAGGGAGGGAGCGCCCGGAGUCUCUACUACGCAGCUGCUACCGCCGCAGUCUGGAGGUUGCUGUGGAGAACAACAUGAAAAGCAUUGCCUUUUCGGCAAUCAGCACAGGCGUGUACGGCUAUCCGAGUGAAUCAGCUGCCCGUGUCGUUCUCGAUGAGACACGGAAGUUCAUGGAGAUUCCGAGCAACAUCGGGAAACUAGAACGGAUCAUCUUCUGCAACUUUGAGCGCAAGGAUGAGAUAGCCUACGAGAAGUUUACUCCCUUGUUCUUCCCUCCAGAAGAUCAGGGUGCCCCUAGCGCCAGCAGCGACCGCGAAUCUCAACUCGAAUCUGACGGUUAACGCGGACCAGACCGAACGUAGCGGUCGAAGCUACAUGGAGGAUUUCUCUAUCAGAUCUGACGAUGACUGGGAGGAGGUUGACAAAUCGGAAGAUGGCCGCACAGAGAAACUGGACGACGAACCGGU